ACUCGUGCCAUUGUAGUGACUCAUCUCGGGCAGAGCGCAGGGGCUCCGAGCGAACCAGAGAGCGAGCGGUGCUCGGCAGGGACAGAGAGAGAGAGAGGGCGAGGCGCGGACGCGCGAGGCGGGCGCGUCCGGGAGCGGACGCCGGCGAGGGGUGCAGUCGGGGCGCGGGGCGCAGGGCCGCGUCCCUCUCACCGGCGCAGCUCGAAGCCCACCGGCCGCUGUCCCUCGGGCGCGCUCGUCUGCGCGGCACCGGCGCACGCCGCCUUCAAAUCAAGUGUCCGAGCGCUCCGAAACUCAGGCGGAGAGCCGGCCACAGGAAGUUUAUUCUCGGGCUCCUUUUCUAAAAGGAGGAAACAGAAGUUUCUCCAAGCCGCCAGCCUUUCUUUUCGCCUUUUUCUGGCCCUCUCUACAAUCCGGGGACCCCAGAUCUGACAGGCGAGGCUCGCCGGGCUCCUAUUCAGUUUUCAUUUCCAAUUUUUCUUUGGGUCGUCGGUCGCGGCUCAGCUCCGGCUGCGCGCGGGGGCGGGAGGGUGCGCGCAAGGGAGGGACCGAGGGACCGGCGACCUUUUAGAGGGAGGGACCGGGUGGACAACUGGUCCCGCGGCGCUCGCAGAGCAGGAAAGAAGUGCGGUGCAAGGCGCUGGGAGACACUUCCCGGGUGUCGCCACUUCGCGGCCCGCUCCCGCCGGCGUUGGGGAAAGUCCGGGAGCGAAGACCGCGGCCGGCGGACCAGCGAGCGCGCAGCAGCCUGAGCGCGGCCGCGGCGAGGGCGGGGAAAGAAAAACACCCUGUUUCCUCUCCGGCCCCCACCGCGGAUCAUGUACCAGGAUUAUCCCGGGAACUUUGACACCUCGUCCCGGGGCAGCAGCGGCUCUCCUGCGCACGCCGAGUCCUACUCCAGCGGCGGCGGCCAGCAGAAGUUCCGGGUAGAUAUGCCUGGCUCGGGCAGUGCCUUCAUCCCCACCAUCAACGCCAUCACCACCAGCCAGGACCUGCAGUGGAUGGUGCAGCCCACCGUGAUCACCUCCAUGUCCAACCCCUACUCCCGCUCACACCCCUACAGCCCCCUGCCGGGCCUGGCUUCUGUCCCUGGACACAUGGCCCUUCCAAGACCCGGCGUGAUCAAGACCAUUGGCACCACCGUGGGCCGCAGGAGGCGAGAUGAGCAGCUGUCUCCCGAAGAGGAAGAGAAGCGUCGGAUCCGGAGGGAGAGAAACAAGCUGGCUGCGGCCAAGUGCCGGAACCGACGCCGGGAGCUGACUGAGAAGCUGCAGGCGGAGACAGAGGAACUGGAGGAGGAGAAAUCAGGCCUGCAGAAAGAGAUUGCUGAGUUGCAGAAGGAGAAGGAGAAGCUGGAGUUCAUGUUGGUGGCUCAUGGGCCUGUGUGUAAGAUCAGCCCCGAGGAGCGCCGAUCGUCCCCGGGCCCUGGGCUACAUCCCAUGCGCAGUGGGGGCAGUGCGGUGGGUGCCGUGGUGGUGAAGCAGGAGCCCCUGGAAGAGGACAGCCCCUCGUCCUCCUCGGCAGGGCUGGACAAGGCCCAGCGUUCCGUCAUCAAGCCCAUCAGCAUUGCCGGGGGCUUCUACGGGGAGGAGCCCCUGCACACCCCCAUCGUGGUGACCUCCACGCCUGCCAUCACUCCAGGCACCUCGAACCUCGUCUUCACCUACCCCAGCGUCCUGGAGCAGGAGUCGCCCGCAUCCCCCUCUGAGUCCUGCUCCAAGGCCCAUCGCAGAAGCAGUAGCAGCGGGGACCAGUCAUCAGACUCCUUGAACUCCCCCACUCUGCUGGCUCUGUAACCCCGUGCUCCUUACAGCUCUGGAGGGGUCCUCAUCACUGCCUCCUUCCCAGGGACCAGCAUGUUCCAGCGCUCCAGGGCCGUGAGGACAAGAGGGGGCCUGCUAGGGAGCUUCCAGGCUCUGGGGGACCCAGGUGGGACUUGAUGGUGAGGUGUUCGAGGACUUGGUUGAUCUCUUGGAAGUCCCAGGAUCUUCUCUUCUCCGUCAUUCAUCUUGGAAGCAAAUCCUCUUUCUUGAAAAGCCAUGGAGAGCUUGGUUUGGUGGCUUCUGAAGAGCCUGGAGCUGGCCUGGACAGUUCUUGUCCCUUUGUCAUGCUGUUGUCUCUGGAGUGAUGGUGUCUCUCCCUGCCCCACCAAGCAUGCUCAGUGCCUUUGGUUUUGCCCCCCCUUGACUUGCCCCAUCCUUCCCCAGUGUUGGUUUUACUUCUUCUUGAUUUUUAUCAAAUUUGCCAUGACAUUUCACCGGGGUAAUCUGGAUAUUAAAACUCUUCAUUUCUGGAGAUGGGGCAGCAGGUGACUCUUCUGCUGGGGCUGACUGGUCCAGAAGGGGACAAAGUGCAAUACAGAACCUUCCCUCCCCGACACUCCCCUCGGCACUGCCAUCACCAGAACCACCAGCAGGGUUCUCUGAGCUCCCCGGAAAUGCCACCAUCACCAAGAGGCCCGAAGGACCCUUCCUUCUCACCCUCAGUGACAGCUUUCGGAGGAUCGACGUGGCCAGAAGAAAGGGUGUGAGUGAGAUGGCGGGCACAGUCUGGGUGUGCCAAGUGCCUAAUUACCAGGCCAGAAGUAGUGCCAACAAAGCCACAUGGGUGUCCCAGACAGCUUCCCUUCCCCUGGUGUCUUGAGCAGGGCGUCUCCUGUAAUUACUGCCUCACCAUUGUGCCCCUGGACCCUUCUCUCCAGACUGGGGAGGCGUUCCUCCCUCAGAACCACACAUCACUCCAGGCCUGCUGGCCUCCACCCUUCCCUGGCUUUCAUGGUGACGCCACCCAUGGAGAUUUAAUGAGCUUGGGGCUGGACCCUCCCCAGAUUGCAGCAGGUGACUCCUCCCCAAGCCUCAGAGGAUGGAAGGGCCCAGGAUGGGACUGGGAGAAGGAAGGCUGUCCCUGGGGUGGUGUCAGCAGUGGCAGCAGCCCGGCACCCAGUCUGCCCUGCCUGACCUGGCCACGCAUAUCUGAAGUGCUGUGCCCUGUCUGGCCUCUGUGGUCAUUGCCACCUGAUUCAGGAGUGAAUGCUGUUUCUUCACACUCCCUUGCCUCACCCCAGGGUGCCCUUCUGGCCCCAUGGUCAACAAGCUGCACACAGUUAGCCGCACGCUGGGGCUUGCAGCUUGUGCACCAUCUGACUGUCUGUUGUCUUUCCAGCUGCUGAAAUCAGAGCUAGGAUGUGUGGCUUCCCGCUGCAGGAGAGCUGCCCCUUCCUGUGGGCCUCCUGACCUUCAGCAAGAGCACAACGCAGCGUGGCUGCUUCCCAGCCCUGAGCCCUUCCUCCCCAGAGCAUGGUGAUCUCUGUCCUGGGAAGUGGCUUCUUGUCCCUCUGGCCUCCACAGGGCUAGUGCUCUGAGGGAGAAUCCAUUGGUGAUCCGGCUCUAGAGAUCAUUGUCCACCCACUUAAAAUGGUAUCAAUGCUAUUUUAAUCAAGCCCAGUGGCAUUUAAAUUUCCAACUGGAGAGAGCAGAGACGGCUUCUCAGCCCUGCUCCUUUCACACCCCUAGGCGUGCACUAGAAAGGAGGAAGAGCCAUAUGCUUAAAAUACACAGCCUAGCAGGGUUGGAAUUGACGUGUGCAAGGGUCAGCCACCUAGAGAGAGGAGAGUAAAAGAGAAAAGAUUUUGUUCAAGAUACUUUGAACGCAUUCUUUCCCGUGUUACCUGGCUGCCUUCUGGUUUCCAGGGCCUCUGAGAAGGGCGCUCCUAAGAAGACUGGCCAACUGACUUCCUGAUCUCAGAUUAAUCAAAGAAGCCAGAGGCAGCCAGGAGUAGCAGGAGAUGGGCAAAGAAAACUGGGUGCUUUGAGCUUGGAAAGGCUUAAUCAUCUCAGGUGGUAUUUGUAGCCAGGUGGGAGUUACUUGCUUCUUUGUGCAUAUAGCUACAUCCCAAAUGAAGCUGUUUUCUGGCCUGUUUUUUCUAAAAGCCCCUUUAUGCCCCACUGUGUGCUGCAUGGAUUCCCGUGCAGAUCACAGUCUGUGACUUGGAGGCAAGCUGGACAUUCCUGAGCCAGAGUUUGGCUUUGGUUCAGAUUUCAAGCCCCACUGGUAUUGGAACCAGCCAGCCCUCGGGACUUAAGAGGCCUCUGACUUUCAGCCCUUCACGGACCUCUUGCUUUGUCCUAGGAGGAUAUUUGGCUUCCCCAGAGCCAGCGGUUAUUUGGGGAAGGCUGCAUAUUCACACCUGAGUCGUGAGUGCAUCCUCAGUUCUCGUCCUCCUGGCUCACUCUCCAAGUUCACUCGCAUACACAUCCUUGCUCCAGCAUCACCAGAUGCCCGGCCUGCUGCUCGCCCCUCCACGGUUCCAGCUAAGGGAACGGCUGCAGUGGGGAUUCCUUUGUGCUUGGGCAAGGAAUUGCUCUGCCUCCCUGUGAACUCGGCCGUGAGGCAGCUGUGUGGACUCCAGCUGUGCUGCACGCAGCUCUGGGAUGCACACUGCAGGCACUCCUCGAUUGGCUAGUGUGACACACACUCCUCAUGGCCACCUGGCUGGCCUCUCUGGGAACAGUCCUCCCCUUGGCCGGGUCGCUGGGUGGCUGGGGACAGGAAAGAAAACAGAUCCCAGGUGAUGCAUAGAAAAUUUCCAGAGCCAGCUCCAAGCAGAGAAUUCCCUGGGGGUGGAAGUUGUUGUGAAAGAGUCAUCAUUCUGUCUGUUGGGAGGCCAGAUGUUCCCAGUGUGGCCAGUCACACAAGCAUCUCAAAGCCAAGAGCCAUCCGGGGCUGCUGCUUUUCUUAGCCUUUGGGGAAAGAAGUCUCUGUUCCCACCUGACUCCAAGUGUCAUGAGGGGGCCAACCUGUCUGGAGCAUGGGAGCUCAUUUCUCCCUUUUCCUUGAUGGACCAACAGUGCUCCUUGCAAUCUUGCCGUGCAACAAUGAGGUUGAUUUCCUUCCCUGAUCAGACAUCCAUGUGGCCCCUUAAGAAGGAAAAGAAUAAGCACCUGCGAUGCGCCAGGCACUGUUAGGCACUUUCAUAUUUAUCCCCUUCAGGAUGAGAUUAAGGGAUAAAGGAAUCCCCUUAUAAAAGGCCCCCAAGUAGUGGCUAAACAAAAACACUUGGAGGUGAGAAGGUCUUUCUCCAAAGACCCAAGGUAAGAUUGCUGUUAGUCUGAAGUUUGUUCUCAAAGACCCAUCCCCUAUGGUAUCUGCCCUCCUCCUUGUGCUCAGCCUGUGCUCCUUUGUACUCCUCAGAUGGCUGGAGGGGUGACCUGAGUCUUUAUAGAAUUGUGGACCAAUGGGAUAUUGGUGUGUAUAACUUUCUUUUUAAACUUAAGUAAAGGGGUCUUGCUAUGUUCUGCUUGUUGAGUCUUGGCAUUCAUCUUAAAAGCCAGCAUCUCACUAUUUAUUGACAGGUGUAUGUGUGUGUGUGUGUGUGUGCGUGUGUGUGCGUGUGUGUAUGUGUGUGCACGCAUAUAUGUGUUUUUCCAGGUGUGCUUGUGUUUUGCAGCUUUUUGGAAGGAAACCCAGUCACCCCACUACUAAUUUGGCAUCUUCUCAUGCUUCUUGUGUUUUUGGCCACAUGUCAACAAAGGGUUUUAAUUUUCUAAUGCUGACAACACGUUCAGGAGGGAUAGUGUCAGAUUUUGAUGGGGAAGGGGGCAUGAGAAGGGAAGGGGGAAAAGAAAUGGACAUUUAUUUUAUUAUUUAUUUUAAAUGUUUACAUCUUUGUGUUGUACCAAGCCUGAAUAGAAACAUAGCAUUAAAAUAUUCAGUUGUUUUCCUCUCUCUCAUUUUCUUCUUUAAAAACUUGCAAUAAUUUUGCUUUUUUGUCUCCCAAGUGAUUUGUGACAUGUGCUGUAUAAACUGUAUAAAAAGGUUCUGUUUCUAAAGGUGGGCUGUCAUUCCUCUGGGGACAGUGGCUGUCAAGAAAUAUACAUUGUAAGAGGACACAGUGAAAGACCCUGCCCUGUUCCUCAAAAAUUACUUUCUCUGCUAUGAUUAAAAAAAUUAUUCCAUUUAUUUUAGUUUGUGGUCACUUGAUUUUGAGGAAGAAAAUAUUUGACUUUGUAUAAAGACUAGGUAUCAGGUGUCUUUUGCAGUGGGAGAUGUAUAUAAUAGUAUUUUGGUAUAUAGUGGAAACCCACAAGCUUUGUGCAUUUGUAUUUGAGAUACGUUGAUGAUGUGGAGUGAAGUCUACUAUUAGACCCUGGAGGCAAACAAGUUGUACAAGGUUUCUGUAGCUCUGUGGGGAACUUGAUUACCUUUCUGGGCACCUUUUUUCCUGAGUUUUAAAAAAGUAAUGGUGAAAUGGUCCGAUCUCUUACAUUGACCUUUCCAGGUAGGAUUGUGAGCCCAAAAUCUUUGUGUAGUUUUGAAAAUUGAGGAGUAGCUCUGCUCGGAAGCAUCUCUGGUGGUAUUUGUUGUUGUUUUGUUCUGUUGUUUUACUGUAUGUAACACAAGCCUACAGUAUUUGCACUAAAGAAAGCUUGUUAGAAAAAGCUUGCUGCUAUGGAAGAAAGAACAUAUUAAAACAUUUUUCCCUCGCGGUAUUUUUUUUUUUGUUAGCUUUUCCACUUUCCGUUGAGUAGCAUUUUGUAGAAUAAAAUGAAUUAAGAUUGAA